AUGGUGCUCGCCGCCAGUCCUGAGGCGUAUCGGAAAGUCAUCGAGUAUGGAAUCAAGAAAACGAAGCUGCGGAUCGACCGCCUUUUCCUCCAGGCCGUCAUGGCAGGAAUCUACGUCGGCAUGGCGGGGCAUGCAUGCACAGCCCUCGCGGGGGGAUAUUCGACGGACCCGAAGAAUCCUCUGGCGGUGGCGAAGGCGACGCAAAAGUUUCUCUACGCGUCGCUCUUCCCCGUGGCAUUCAUCGCGAUCAUCUUCACGGGUGCGGAGUUAUUCACGGGAAACACCAUGACGAUGCUCGUGUGCCUGUUGGAGCGGAGGGUCACCGCUCUCCAACUCCUCGUGAACUGGGUCUGUAGCUUGGUCGGAAACUGGGCCGGGGCUCUCUUCGCCGCGUACUUCCUCUCGUACCUCCCGGGCGGACUGCAGGAUGCGGAUCACCUCCACUACCUCCAAGACGUGGCCGCGCACAAAACAGCCCACUCUUUCGCCCAGUGCUUCUUCCUCGCCGUCGGAUGCAACACAUUCGUUUGCCUCGCCGUCUGGUUCGUCAUCGCCUCCGACGACGCAGCAGGGAAAAUCAUGUCCAUGUGGUUCCCCAUCGUCUCCUUCUGUGUCGCGGGGUACGAGCAUAUCAUCGCGAAUUUCUACACGCUCCAGUGCGCCCUCAUGCACGGAGUCGGCCCCGGCGUCGGGACGGUGAUUGUCAAAAACUUUAUCCCAACGCUUUUGGGGAACAUGGUUGGCGGUUGCGGUUUGGUGGGCGCGGUGUAUUGGUACAACUUUUACCCGACAAUGUGCGUGGUGCAGGAGGCGGGGCCGAGUCUGUCUCUUCCCAACAACCCGUCUUCGUCAGCUCGGCAAGUCGUGGCAGAUCUGUUUAGUCGCACAGGCCGCGAGGGCUCGACUCUCGGCGUCGCGCUGUGUGCGUCAGAGUCUGCCCCACGGAACUCGGCUUGCUUGGCGCCUCCCGCAGCGGCCAGCUUCGCGGGGGCUGGGCCAGCUGUCGAGACACUUGAAGGCCGCAGCCCGAACGUGCUGCAGGUCCCUUUGGGGAAGGGUUCGAGUCCGAAUCCCGCGGGAAAUCUCGCUGAGCCGAGCUGCUCUGUCGCGAGCGAAGACUGCCUGGUGGUGCCGCGAGCGUCCUUCGGCGGCGAGUACCGCCCGCCGCAGCUCGGCGGCUCUGGGGUCCCCGCUGUCGCCGACGCCUUCGCUUCGCCACUUCGCGGGAAUUCCAGCGUGCAGAACGGUGCAGGCGAGGCCGACAAACCGCGCGAACAAGAACGAGAGGAACGAGAAAUUGGAGCAGAAGAGGAAAAACCUGUCGGCGAAGAUCCACAUCCAACAAUCACUUUGUCGCUUCCUCCCCCUGAAUUUCAUCCAAACGUCCCGAGCCACGUCGAGCACGUUUCUGUGGAGGACGCAACUCCUGCAGCGUCUGAGCGCGCCGCGAAUGGCGAGAGGCCGGCGUCGAGCAAUUGA